AGUUGCCGUAAUAACAGAAAUAUUUUUACUUUUUCCUAAUAGCCUAAAAAAUCAGCUCCAGGCACUUUUCGAAAUUUUGGGUAGCGCUUCAAAGAAUGAGAAGCUUGGUGAAAUUCAAAAUUCCAAGUGUAGCCUGCAAUUAAGAGAUUCCCAUCAUCUAGGAUGUUGUCCAAGCUUUGCGUUGGUUUGGCCCAAACAGCUUCGCGACCCCUGGAGGUGCGGUACCUGAUGCGCCACGCCAGCUUGCUAGCCCAUCCCCAAACCCACCACCUGCGCCUGCAACCUCGCCUCCGACUCCGCCUGAGAGGAAUCGUCUGCCGGGAGGAUCACUGUUGUGCCGGCCAGAAGACGGUGCCGUCGCGGGAGGAGCACAUUGCUACAUUGAAGGGCGAAGAAUUCGACGUGCUGGUCAUUGGGGGUGGGGCCGUGGGCUGCGGCUGCGCCGUUGACGCCGCCUGUCGCGGCCUCAAGACCGCCUUGGUCGAGGCCGAUGACUUCGCCAGCGGCGUCAGCUCACGCAGCAGCAAGCUAAUUGACGGUGUCGGCUCCUAUCUGGCUACUCUUCUUGAUAAGAAGGACCUCAAUCAGCUGUACAUCAUGGUCCAGAUGAUGAACGAACGAGCCACUAUGCUGAAGAUAGCUCCCCACCUGACCCGGGUCCAGCCGAUGCUGAUACCAUCCUAUAGUCUGCUGGGUGCGCCUUUAACUUGGCUGGCACUCAAAAUUUACGACUUUAUAUCGUCGGCCUCGAACGUGCGUGCCUCGCACUUCCUGUCCAAGGAGAAGACCCUCUACGAGUUUCCGCUUCUGAAAACUAAAGGCCUGAGGGGCGGGAUCGUUUACUAUGACGGACAAAUGGAUGACGCCCGCAUGUGCAUUGCUCUUGUCAUGACCGCUGUUUGUCUGGGCGCCAGCGUGGCCAAUCACACCGAAUUGGUCGAAAUGGUGCCCCAGGACGGUUGCUGCCGGGUAGUGGGCGUCAAGGACAAAAUCGCCGAUGAGACAUUCUACAUCCAGGCAAGGGCAGUGAUCAAUGCCACCGGUUCCAGCACGGAUUUCAUACGAAAAAUGGACGAGGAGACCACCGCCCCCAUUCUCCUUCCUUCAGUGGGCACCCAUGUCACCCUACCUCGGUACUUCGGCUCAAGCACUUACGGCCUGCUGAGCCCGUCGAAGGACAAGAAAGAUCCCACUAUUGUGAUGGUGCCGUUUGAGAAUCAUACGCUGCUGGGUCUGCGCGAGGUGGAGCUGGACGACAUGGAGAGCCCCCAGAACCCGCCACCAGACCCAGAGGACGUUGAUUGCUUGCUGGAUGCCGCGAGAGAGAGGAUGGCACCCUGCGUAGAGCUGGAGCGCUUCCACGUGCUUAGCGCCUGGACCGGCAUGCGUCCAACCGUUAGCUGCCCCAGUGGAAAACGGGAGGACGAGGAGGAAGGCGAUCGCUCGGCGGUUAGUACCUAUAUGCUCGAAGUGAGCGAGGGCGGACUAAUCACACUGGCCGGUGGGCGCUGGAGCACCUACCGUGUGAUGGCUGCCCACGCCGUCGAUUUGGCUAUAGAGAUAUGUGAUCUUUGCGACGACCACAUCACAACGAGCUGGACAGAUGAUCUCGAGUUGGACGGUGCUCAGGGCUAUUGCUGCAUGCUGCCGUUGGAACUUGUCCAGGACUACGGCGUGCCCAUGGACGUGGCCCAGCACAUAUCUGACUCUUACGGAUACAACGGCCAUGCUGUCCUCUCCCAAGCUCCGGACCGGAAGGGGCGUCUCCACCCAAACUUUCCCUACAUCGAGGCCGAGGUGCAGUACGCCGUUCGUAACGAGUACGCCUGCACCCUGGUGGACAUCAUCGCCCGUCGGCUCCGAGUGGCCUUUGUUGACGCUGCGGCAACAUUGCACAUGCUUCCCAAAAUCCUCAAGGUAAUGGUUGAGGAGAAGGAGUGGCAGGAGGAGCAGGCCACGCAGGAGUUGCUAAAGGCCCAAGAAUUCCUGGUGCGCCAGAUGGGUCUCGGGUCCAUAGUGCGCCCCAAGAGCAUGUGUCCGAACAAGCAGGAGACCACUGUGAAGGCCACUCCAGAGGGAUGCUGCUGCAACAUACCCAAACGCAAGGAGUGCCGCAGCUUCUCCUCCAUAGGAGGCACCUCAGUAAGAUCAGUCGCCAGCUUAGCUUCUUCCUUUACGGCGCACCCGCCUCCGGUUUCAAAAUUAUCCGCCCUCCCGUGGGCCUUCUCGUCUGGAAUCACACACAGUUCCGUGGAGUCUACUUCCUCAUCGGAACCUCAACCGAUCACCAGGAAAAAGGGCAAAACCGAUCAAAAGCAGGACCUCAUCCUCAAGUUUUGGCGUAAGAAAUUCAUAUUCUGAUCCGGCCCCAAUGGUAACACAUUGCUGAAAUCCAAAUCAUUCAAAUAACGUGUUCACAUAAUUUUUGAAAUUCGAAAGUAUUACGUUAAAGUUCGAGUUGGCUCAGGUUGUAUCCAAGACCUCAUGGGCUAAACAGCAAGGGGUCCUUUUGGGUCUUUUCAGCACUGCAAAAAGAUGGGCGUCCCACUUUUCUCUACUGCAGACACUCCACGCCGUUCAACAUAAGUUUCGGACCGACCAUCACAUCAAAAUGAAAGGUAAUUGCAAUAUUUGGAUACCGUGGAUAAAUUAAAUACAGUCUGAAUGUCAUUUUA